AUGGCUGUAGGUAUCACCUCAAUCGCGCGCGAUCAAUUAUUCAUGUUUCUUAGAUCUUCUGUUGGCCUGCGUCACUGCUCUGCUGCUGCUGCGCAACUGAUACGGGAAAGAGGUGAGUUUUUCGUACACAUCUGUAGAUUCAGCACUGACCACAGCAGUGUAUUGGCUCUGCCUGUGGACACGGGCAACUCAAUCAGUAAUGCGAUACCUAUAUGA